GCCCAACCGGCGCCCCGCCCCCCCCCGCGCGCCGGGGAAAACAUUGCGCAGGUUCUAAAGAGGGGCCGGGGGGGGGUGGGGGGGGAGAGGAGGAGGAGGAGGAGGGGAGGGGGUGCGGCCGCGCGCGAGGGGGGCGUGUGAGGGGGAGCGGCGGGUAACGGCCGCCAGCGGGCAACGGCCGCCGCCGCGGGAGGCAGCCCCGCUCGGCCACCCUCCCUCCGCCUUGCGACCGGCCGGGUCCCCCCCCUCCUCAAUCCCCAGCACCCCUCACUCCCUCCACCACCGGUCGCGGGGGCCGCUGGUGCUCGUCCCGGCCGCUGCAUGGAGCUGUCGGCCAUCGGGGAGCAGGUGUUCGCGGUGGAGAGCAUCCGCAAGAAGCGCGUGCGGAAGGGUAAAGUAGAAUACCUGGUGAAGUGGAAAGGAUGGCCCCCAAAAUACAGCACAUGGGAGCCAGAGGAUCACAUCUUGGACCCUCGCCUGGUAGUGGCUUAUGAAGAAAAGGAAGAGAGAGACCGUGCAUCAGGGUACAGGAAAAGAGGCCCCAAACCAAAGCGCCUCCUACUGCAGCGGCUGUAUGGCAUGGACUUGAGGAGUGCCCACAAGGGAAAGGAGAAGCUCUGUUUCUCUCUUGCGCGGAGGUUUGGAGGAGGAGACAGUAGCCUGCCAGGGGCCAAGCCAGGGCAGGCAGAGUUCUCGGAGAAGACUGGGGGAGCAGUCCUGCCAUUCUCUCUCCGGAAGCAACGCAAAAACCAGAAGUACCUGCGACUGUCGAGGAAGAAGUUCCCCCGCAUGACAAGCCUGGAAAGCCGAAACUGCAGGCAUGAAUUCUUCCUGAAUGAUGCAGUGGGUCUGGAGGCCAGGCAGGACCACGAGGACUGGGAGGCUGUGCAGCACACCAGCAAAGAAGCAGAUGUGGAUGGCAGCCUCCCUUGGAUUCCCACUGUGCCCCCCAGUGAAGUGACAGUGACGGACAUCACGGCAAACUCCAUUACCGUCACUUUCAGAGAAGCACAAGUGGCUGAGGGCUUCUUCCGAGACCGGAGUGCGCAGUUCUGAAUCUCUGUUUUCAGUGCUCCCCAAAACUAGUGCUUUUAGGGUGGGGCUAGGGAAGGGUUAUUUUAUCCCUUGAGAAAAAAAAAUCCAAAAUGUCUCCUCUUAAAAUGUUUACAGACACCUUUUUUUUUUUUCUUCUCUGCUGUUUUACCCUUUCAGAUACGCAAAAAAGGGCAGUGUAGGGGGCGUGUGUUUGUCAUUGCUUUGUCCAUCUGAAAAACUGACAGCCCUUUCCCUGGCAAAGACUCCCCUCCUAGAUGUGAAAGCAGCAAGCUGAACAAUUCCCCUUUUAUCCUGUUAAGUGGCAGCAGCUGCAUUUGUGGGGAGAGGGCAUGUGGAGGUGGAGAGAGAGCUGUAUCUCUAGCCUGCUGCCUUGUUCUGCAAUUGAUAUCCCUUGGAUGAAGAUACUUCUCUGUGCAUUGCUCUUCCCACCUUCCUCCUCCCUCUCUUCCUGCAGCAGUGAGAGGUGAUUGAGCCUACCUGUGUAGAUAACUCCAGCCUGUUAAGACUUUCUCUCCAGUGCUGUUUUCCCUGUGGCCUGCUGUCAGGACUUCAGAACCAUUUUUGCCUGCCUGUGGUAAGUCAGUCUUUGCAGCACGGGUCCGUAUAGACAGCAGAGAUUUCUCCCUUUGAUUGUUGAUCAUGCAGAAAGACUGAAAUGCAUCUCUGAAAUCUACAUUGAUGACGUAAAUUCAAUUUGCCCUCAUUAAAAGCUCAAACCCAGAGCAGUUGAGACAUACCAUUCUGUAUAUGCUAAACGGGAUUUCCAGGCUCGGCUCGGCUGUGUGAGGAAUGCACUAUGGAAAGUGGGGUGUUCUUACCCUUUGCCAAAUUCAGUAUUAAUAACAAAUGCUGCCCUGAAUCUGUGGUAAUAAGUUGGUUGAAAACUGACUCCUCUCCCCUGGGAGGAGGGGCUGAUAGAACAACUGAAGCAUUGCCUGUCACUGCAAAGAUAUCCAAGAUGCUGGCACAGGCCCAGGACACAGGAAUUGGACAGAACUGAGCUAGGAAUGGACCUUGAUUAGCAGCAAAUUCUGUUCUUGGAUCCCAUCGAGAGAUCCAAGGUAAACAACAUGUGGGGAAGGCAUGCAUUAGAUUUGAGGAGGGGAAAAAAAUUCUUAAUUCUUAGCAAUGAGAAUUCUUGGAUUGUACUGCCUGAGUAAUAUUCUUCCGUGAUGCCAGUCUCCUCACAGUAUCUGUGAUCCUGUACUACUUUACUGAUGGGAACUUCCCCUUGGAAGGCUUAAAAAUCUUUGCCAAGGAAAGUGGUCUGCAUUUCAAUAGACCCUGUCUGAUCUUGCACUUAAAAAUGCCUUGUGCUGGACUGCCUGUGACACUUUGAGGUUUUUGAAGAAUUGCUGUAUUUUGAGUUGGUAGUUUAGCAUAGUAUCUGUUCUUGCACAUGCAUGUUCUCUUCCAUUUUUUAAAAGCAAAUUUUAUUUAAAUAAUGUAAAACUUUAAAUAUAGACCUUUUCCUAUGGAAAGCAAGAAAGGUAAGCUAGAGUCUAAGGUUGGAACUGCAGGACAGAGUGCUGCAGGGUAACUUUGGCUACUGUCAUGAUUACUAUCCUUAAAUCCUUUGUUUCCUCUCCCUACCCCACCUGAUGCAUCUCCUACCUGCUGUACUUAUUCUCAAUGAAGCUACAAGCCUUCUAAGCUAUGAGGUAAAGACACCUGUGGAAAUCCUAAAUAUGUUCCUUUGAAAGGCUUGGCUGCUGACCUGUGGAAUUUGGGAGCUCUGGGGCUUCUGGUCCUCCAAACAUCUACUUUUUGCAAAGUACUUGGACUGCCCCUAUGGUUUUUAUUAAAAGCAGAUUUUACCUAAGACAGGAUAUGGCAGCUCCAUGUAGACUUAGGAUUUCCCCUUCCAUCUCAGAGCUGUUUGAGCAGGCCUGUCUUCCACUGCAUCAUAGCAGUUUCAGGAUCACUGGGAAGAUCUUGAAUUUCUGGACUAACCUUUUGUCUUUCAAAAGAAGUGACAUGGGAGUCUUUAUUAUGGAGAAAUCUGAGAGGGUGAGAAGUGGAAACUAGGGGGAGGAAAUUAUGUGGUGGGAGGAAGAGUGAGUGGGAAAGAAGCUUGCAAUAGCUAGCAAGGGCAAAUUGAUGAGGUAAGCGUACAGGCUCAGGAUGUUUUUUGAACGUGGGUGUCCAGAGCGAGGCUUCUGAAUCUGGAGGUGUACCGUAUAAACAGGAUCGCCCUCUUUUGCAGGAUGUGGGGUCAGAUGGCGUUGCCAUCGUCACCCCCACACACACCCUCUUCCUGACACCUGCCAAAUGUGCUGAAUACCUGCAUCUCUCUUUUCUUGUGACCCAUGGACAUGCCACAUGGCUGAGUCCAUUCUUGAGGGUUGUAGCAGGUUAUGGUUGCAGAAGCUUAAUAUUUUAGUUUAUUUUCUUAAAAGUCCUGAAUUCCAGCUCAUCCUGCUAAAGCUUCAUGGCAUUUAUAGGAUCUGGCUUCUUUAUUCUAAAUGCAGCUCCUGCCACCUUUGUCCUGUCUUCAUAUCAGUGUACAAACACACCAAAAAAGCUUCCUAUUUACUAAGGUUCCUGUCUUUGGCUGACAUUGGAAGCAACACCAAUCCUGCAGCAGGAAAGAGCUUGUCCUAAUAAACUUUAUUUCUGCUUUUCUGUCCACUCACCAGCUGAGACUUCUCAAUGUUUUGUUUUGGCAUUUCUCUUUAAGCAUCUUUUCUUCCUCUUGCAAUGGAGUUUUCAAAGACCUGUGGUGGUCUUUCUGAGAGGAUCUACCCACAGCUUCGUAUCUUAAUAAUUUUUGGGGUCAGGCUAGCUUGUUUUCUGCUGGUGACUAAUCAUCUCACUACACUUAGGGUUGAACAAAGUACCUGGCAACCAUGCUGCUUUGUGUAGAGUCCAGUGAAGAGUUAACCCUUAUCAGGUUAAGAUGCAACAAGUUGCAUAUGCAUGGGUUUGGUUUGUGUGUGUGAGGAGGAGUUUGUGGUAGGAAACCAAGCAGUUACUCUGUUAGUGUGGACUUUUUUUUUUUUUUGACAUUCAUGUAUUCUUGCUUAUCUUAAAGAUCUUUUUGAGAAGAUUUUUCUCUUGGUCUUUUUAAAAUGUUGCUCUGUUCCAUAUUGUCUGGUGUCAUAUCAUUGUAAACUUCCUUGGUAGAGCUGGCCUUCAGGGACUUUAAAAUUAGCUUUAUUCCACUUCCACAGGUGUAGAGAUGUAUGGGGGUUUUACUUGUGAUGGCAAGAGAGGUUGUCUGGGUUUACUUGUCUCUUCUUCCCAAUACUGUCCAUCUGCCAGUUCAACCCAAAAUCUGAAAAUUGCAUUGGGACCUCUUGGGCUAACAUAUCAUGAAAAUCAGAUGCUGUGCUCGGAGCUUCGUUAAGCAUUCUGUUUGAUUAGAAGAGCCAGAAUAGCAUCCAGCUGAAGCUGAGUUUAAUAAUUCUAUUUGAAGCACAAGCCGAGAAUAGAAAUGGGCUAACUCUCUCAUACCUCCUUUGGCUCCAUGGCUGUAAACAAGAAAAACAGACUUCAGCCAGUUGAAAUUACUGAACUGUAUGCAAGAAACAAACUUCUCGAAGAAGAACAGUUCUAACAGUCAUUCUUAGAACUGUUUUGAUGUGAGAACUUACCAGCCACAUUUGGAGGACAGACGUUCUUAUUCCAUAGAUCUUCUCACAGUGAACUGGUUGUAUGUAUGACAGAGCUGAGGGGCUUCAUGAGAUUGGAAAACCUUUAUUGUUAACACUGUGGUUUAAAAAAAAAAAAAGGGGGAAAGGACUGCCUCUGUUCCUGGAUGGUUCUAAACUAGAUGCUAUUGCUCUGUUAUAUAAGUGACACCUUGGAACAGAAAGUUUUAACUCAUAAAUAGUGGCAUUAAGUAGCCUGGUAGCUCCUGCAUGCUCCUUAUUGUCUUGCAUUUGCUUGGGGUCCCUUCUGCUUGUGAAGUCAGACCAAGGUGGGGUUUUGUUUUGUUUUUUUUUCUUUUUCAAGCAAGGCCAGGAUAUUAUUGUGAGAACACCCAAAAGCAGUUUCAUUUGCCAAAAUAAGCCCAAAUUUGUUAGUGAAUUGACCCUUGCUUAUGUUGGAGCCUCAGACAGAAAGAAGCUUAUUGAGAAAUGAAUGGCUCUUUUUUGUUGUUAGUGUUGUGAAACUGUCCAGAAUUGUUCUUCUGGUGUUUUGUGACUGAAUGUAUAAAAUUGUUUGUUCACCUCACAGGGGGCCCUUGGCCCCAGUACUGUUUCCUGCUGUACACCAGCUAGUGCUGUUUGAUGGUUUCACUGGAAUAGAGAAGGGAGGCCUUGCACAGGUCAAAAAAUAGGCAGGGUAGCUCAUGCAAGACCCUUGGUGGUAGCCACAACAGAGGCUGGGGUGCGGAAGACAGCAGCGAGGGCUGUCAGCCACAUCCAUGUACUUGAGCGAAGCUAAAUCUACUAUCGCCUCUCCACCCCUUCCUCUCCUCUCAAGCUUUAAGUAUGUGCUUUCUGAAGCAGAGAAAGUUCAAAAACCUCCUUUUCUAAAGCUAAUUGGUAUCUACCCAUCUUCUGUUCCUCCCUUGCUUACCUGCAGCCUCGGAAGAAGAGGGCAGUGGGCCUUUCUAGGAAAAUAGUAGCGACAGCUGCUUGUCCGGGAAGAGAAGGGAGGGAAGGAGUUGCCUCAGACUUGCUCUUGCUAGGCGGUUGAGGACAGGCCUCUGGGUGAGCUGGCAGAGAGUUGAGAGAAAAAGCAUGUUAAAAAUGCAAAGAACUUGUAAUGGAGCUGAUCCCUUGCAUCAGUAGGUGGAUGUCCCUCAGAGUUCUGAAUGGGCCCCGCAGAGAAGAGAUGGUCAGUGCUGCAUUUAUGUACCUGUCUUUUACCACUUGGGAAAGCAAGGGAGAUGUGUACGUUAACAGCUCGCAUAAGGUAACUUCUACAUGGGAAUGUAUAGCAUUGGCACAUACGAUAAAGGGAACGUGCUUUUGCCGUGCUUGUGUAAAACAGUUCUCUCCAAGGGCAUGGUAAACUUGUUUUGAGACAGCAGCUUAUGAUCAAGAGACCACGUUGUCCUCUGCCUGCUGAACUUACUGUGCUUGCAGAGAAAGCAUGAACCUUCUGGGUGUCGAACCACCUGGAUUCCACCCAAGCAGCUGGUCAAGAUGGGAAGGCUUACAAAACAGCCCCAGGACAGUUGGAAGGAGAGAAAAGCAAUCACUUAAAAUUGAAUUCAAACCCUUCAAAUCCUUCCCUGUAACAAGCACUUCAUGAAGUGAUGACCCCUUUUUCUCUUCCAGCUCUCUUUCCCUUGCACCCUUAAUUUCUUAAAGCACAGUGGUUUAGCAGGGAGCAGGUGGGAGAUGAUCCCUAUUUAAUUGGGAGUUGUAGAGAGGAGCAGAGCUCAGCGGGAUCACGUAAUGGCUGAUGGGGGGAGAUGGAUUGCUACCAAGUUGGGAUGGGGCAGAAGCUUUGCUACCGAGAUUGUUUCCAUCUGGUGUGGGCUGCUCUGCAAGGAUGCUGGGGGUUCUUGUCUGAAGCGCAGUGUGGAUGACGUCUGAGAGCGCCAGUCGGAUGUGGAAAGGGAUAGCUCAUAAGACUGUGCAGAACCUCUUAUCACAGCUUAUCUCGUUACUGGGGUAGCAGAGUUUUGACUGGGAGGGGGAUUUUGGAGGAGGAGAUGGAAAGCCUUUUUUAUUAUUAUUAUUUUUUAACCAGAAAAUGUAGUGUCAGCACAAAGAAGCUUUUUGCAAAUCUGUCAAAAUGUUAAGCAGCUUAUUUUUUUUUUCUUUUAAAUCUGAAGUAUGUUUUGAAGCACUUUGGAAAUGCAAAGCACUAGGAGUGCUAACUACUCCUUAUCGUCUGUCUAAAAGUGGCAUUUGAAAAGCAAAAGAUGUAUCUGUUUCAGGCCGCUGGCUGCUCCUUAUCAUUUUUCCAGAGCUGCCACCCGGCCCUUUGCCUCCCUCCCAGGGCUGCAGGGGGAGCAUGUUCCAAAGGAGGGCUCCCUAAGAGAGGAGAGGAGACCUGCGGAGUCCCUCGCUUGCCUUCAGGGUGCAGGUUGGUUUCUUCCCUCCCCACCUCCUUUUGUCUGAGGAAAGGGAAAAAUGAAGUUGUGUUUCAGUUUGAGUGGUCCUAGUCUGGAACUACGACCACUUCUUCCAGCUCUGGAGGCAUCUUUAUAGAGUUUCCUGUCUGAAAAAAUUGCACCUUAUUAGCUUAGCUGAGGAACGGGGAGAUCUGUCCUUCUGCAGGGAGUGGGGAGAGGAAGGGAGGGCGAACCAGGAGCUGUCUUCAAUAGCUGCUGGAUUUUUCCAGAGGCCGUUUCCUCACCUCAUCUCCAACACAACAGCAACAAAAAAACUAAAAUCAUUUAGAUGAAGCUUUUGUUCUGCGUAGCUCAACAGCCGUUUGAGCAGGUCAAGAUGAGAGAAUCUUUCUUCCCUCACCUAGCCAGCUCUACAGCUGGGGGAACCCCAGUUCUCUCGCUGGGUUUUCAGCACCAACCUUUUCCCUCAGCGUACGCACAUCAUUUGGAUUCUCUUGCACACUGACUCAUCUAAUUUGAUACACUUCCCUUCUGCUGAGGGGGGGGGGAAGAUGGGGGAUGGGGUCAGUUAGAGGGGAGGGUCCCCGACUAUUUUUGUCCUUGUCUCUUCAGUUGUUGCUGUUGUUCCUGUCAGCACGCUAGAGUAUCUGAGUCUUUGCACACAGAAAGCUUCCUUUUGCACAGAAUGAGCUUCUAGCUUUUGUACAGACUAAUUGAAUGUAUCUGGGGGGGGUGGGGUGGGGUGGUGGUGAACAGGGAGUAAACCAAUUCCAAACAAACCAAUCGGAGUAUAAUGCCUUUUCUGAGCGAGUAUGUGCUGUGAAAAGGAGACUGUAAUAGCAAAGGGAGGGCAGGCUCAAGUAUAAUUUGACACAAAGUGUGGUUUUAUUUUUGUACUGAUAUGGAUAAGAGACUGUACAGCAUCUAUUUAUUUAGAUGAUUUAUGUGGUAAAUGUUGCAAACAAAAUUAUUAAAAUAUUAAAUAUGAGAACUGACAUUUA